AGUUGCAACCCUUCCGCCGGAGAAUCUGCUAAUGGUAAAGUGUCAAAUGAACCAAAUAUAGAAGCUGCUGCCGUAGAAAGUAGGCUGCUUCUGUUGAAGUAUUAGUUGCUGUGCGUUGGAGAAAGCAGGAGCGGAAUCAGAGUCGGAGAAACUCCUCUUUCACCCACCUACUAACCACCACCACCAGCAGAACAGCCACCCUCCAUCAUCACAUCACAAUCUGGACCAUUUAAUACUUCCAAUUAAACACCGUCAACAAAACCUGUCAAUUGUUUGUAGAUGUGGACUUGGCAUUGGGAGCCCAAAAAUCCAGUUUGUAUUUAUUUCCAUAAAAAAGGCAGACAAGGCUGUACAUAACAACUUGUGGGUUUAUUCGGCCCAAUAAAUAAUAGUGAAUUGAUAAAAACCCGGUUCAACUAUCAAAAAGACGUGAUUUGCUCAUGUAAAAUCAAAUAUAAAAAAGCCAGCGAUUGGGUGUUUUCACUGUGUUAGUGCCAUUCCUCGAAAAAUAGUCGAAAUCAAGAAGGAGAAGAAAUUACUCGCUGCUUAUUACUCAAAACAAGAUUUAUCUAGUUAUCUGGAGCCAUACUUGAUUUAUUGUGACAAAGUUUUAACAAGUUCUAACAAUGGCGACAGGACAGACAAUAAGUGACCGGCUCCUUGCUGCACGACACUCGUUGGCUGGUCAAGGGUUAGCAAAAGCUGUUUGUAAAGCUACAACUGAAGAAUCAAUUCCACCUAAAAAGAAGCAUCUUGAUUAUUUAAUACACUGUACGAAUGAACCAAAUGUUUCGAUUCUCCAACUUGCAAAUUUCCUAUUGGAACGUUCCCAAAAUACCAAUUGGGUAGUGGUAUUGAAAUCUCUUGUCACGACGCAUCAUUUAAUGUGCUAUGGGAAUGAGAGAUUUACACAAUAUUUGGCCUCAAGCAAUUGUACAUUUCAGUUGACUUCAUUUUUGGAUAAAGCAAAUCCACAAGUCGCUGGGGCUCCGAGAGUUGGGUAUGAAGUUUCUCCGUUUGUUCGCCGAUAUGCCAGAUAUAUCAAUGAGAAAGCAUUAUCCUACCGAACAAUGGCUUUUGAUUUUUGCAAAGUCAAACGAGGAAAAGAAGACGGAACUUUGCGAACGAUGGGCACUGACCCCCUUCUGAAAACAUUCCCAGUGCUUCAAACCCAAAUGGAUUCAUUGUUGGAAGUUGACCCUUCGGCGGACGACAUACAUCGCAAUUCCCUAAUGAGAGUCGCAUUUUCCCUUCUGUUCCGUGAUUUGAUUCGACUUUUUGCGACAUACAACGAUGCUGUUAUAAAUCUAUUGGAAAAGUAUUUUACCAUGAACAAGAAGAAUGCAAGGGAUGCUCUUGACUAUUAUAAAAAGUUUUUGACUAGAAUGGACAAAGUUUCAGAUUUUUUAAAAGUAGCCGAAGCGGUGGGUAUUGAUAAGGGCGAGAUUCCAGAUUUGACGAAGGCACCCAGCUCUUUGUUGGAAGCUUUGGAACAACACCUCGCUACAUUGGAGGGAAGAAAAUUAAACUCAACGUCAAAACAAAAUUCGGUGGACGUUUCAUCCUUCAGCUCCACUCAAACAGCAUUCAUUGCGUCUGAUGAAAAGCAAAAAAUACUAGCAGAAGAAGAAGCAGCCCUAAACCAGUUUAAAGAACAAAAGUCUGAUCCGGGGGCUUCUGCUACAAAUCCAUUCCUUCAGUCAUCUGCACCACCUCAGCAGACGUCACAAAAUCAACAAAUAUUAGACCUCUUUGCAGGAUCUCCUGCUACUGCUUCAAAACAAUCUGCCCUGGACGAUUUGUUAUCUCUCGGACUUGGUUCUUCUACAAAUGGAACGGCUACCAAUGGAUCAAAUGCUUUCGGACCUCCUACCACCGGAUCUUCCAACCCAUUCGCAGACUUUGCACCACAGCAAAAAGUUAAUUAUGGAGGCAACGGGUUUGCUCCCAUGGGAGGCAUGGGCAUGGGGAACCAACAGCAGCAGUUUUAUCAACAACCUCCUCCGACAAUUCAACAACCGUUCGGAGCGUUUGGAUCUAACAAUGAUCAAGCGUCGGAAGGUGCUCCCCCACCACCACCGCCGUCAACUCCACAAAAUUUCACUAAACAACCUCAGCAACAACAGUCAGUUGACUUUUUUGGAUCAAUUUUGACUCCACAACAGUCAGGAGCAGGUUUUGGGGGUCAAACCCAACCUGCUGGAGCGUCUGCAGCCGCAAAGCCAUUAUUUACUGGUGACCUCGAUUCUAGCCUAGCCUCUUUAGCAGACUCUCUGACAAUGAAGUCCAAUUGGUCUCCUUCUCCGAGUAAAACAGCAAAAGGAACAACUGCCAAUACAACGGAAUAGGAUGGUUGUGGUUGUCUGCAAAAUUCAAUCGAGGGAGGCUGUUUUAAUACAAGACUACCUAUAAGAAUAAGCAAACAGUCAGAGUUUAAUCAUUAGUAUAUGUAACAAUUCAUCAGAUUUACUGCGCAGUAAUUUCAGCUACCGAUAACGAUAACUGAAUAUUCUUACAAAAUUAGCUUAGCACACAAACUUUUUUUUUCUAGUGGAGGGAUUUAACAAUAACAAUGCUGAAUUUUUGUGAACCGGUAAUAAUUUAGCAAAGCUGAUCUGAUUAGAGGAAUUAUUACGUCAUAAUUUGAGACAGGCAACAUAAUUAUAAUUAUACUGUGCAUGCGGACCCCUUUAUAUAUUGUCCCGUCUUCACGUUUUCUCGUAGAAAUUUAUUUAACAAUCAAUUAAAUAAAAGAUGGUGCUUGUGCUAACCAUUAAUUGAUACACGGAAUAUGGAUUUCACGGAAACACAAAAGUUCUUAGUCUAUGAGAUUAUAAUAAGUUGCGGAUUAUGUAUUAUGAAACCUACAAUCUGAUAUGAAACGUAAAAUUAAAAAACCAAUCACACCGCAACCGAUGUCCAUAGUCCUAAUCGAAAUCAUAAAUCAUCAUUUAAUUUUGUGGAGACUUUUAAGAAAAAAAUGUCUAGCGAGAAAGAGUGUAAUAAACACAUUCCAAGUACUUAUGUAUGUACAACUGUUAUAUCUAUGUAGAAAGCCAAACAUUAAUUAACACACAUUUUAAGCUGUUUAUUAUUGCGCAAUCAAGAGUUCCAUUCAAUUCAUCUGCCUUUUAAUAGCAGCCUGGAUCUUGUAUCGGAAGAAUAUAUUUAAAAAAUAUGCGCAAUAUCAGCCCAGCCCAAAACGUAAUAAUACUAAUAAUAAUGCAUCACGUUCCGUGUAAUUAUACAACUACGUGGAUUAUUAUGCGUAUAAGUAUUAAGUUUGUGGAAUCAAUUACUUUUAACGUUAAAUAACUAAAUAUAUUUUGGUAGUAGUUCAAUUCGAGCUCAUGAAAUACAACUAUUGAUAACUUAGUUUGUAAAGCUUUAUUGAUAGUCUUAUAGUAUUUAUUAUUAUCAUCUAUCGAUAGAUACAUAUGUCUAAUUACGAAUCGUGCAGUAUAUCAUUUUGAAUGCAAACUCGAUAUUUAGGCCUAUGUCAAUUAUUAUAGGUUGAGCAUUAUUACUGUAUCGUGUGAUAAAUUAAAAUCUCACUGGACUAGAAUAAAUGCCACCAACCAGAAAAAUUCUCCCCGUCAUUAUACACAUCACAGAAGCAGCGCAUACAUACAUACAACAUAAAUAUUCCGGUAUCCCAUGAUAAAAAACCAAUUAUAAUAAGCUUUAUCUGAACUCUAAUGUAAUCACAUUAGGAAAACGAGUGCAACAAAAUAUGUGAAAAUAAUGAACAGAGAUGAUUUUGGUGUAUGAAAGAAAGAUAUUCAAAA